AUGCACACAACAAAGAUUGGAGUUGAGGGUUUUUUGAAGGCUAUGCAAAAGCAGAUCCACUCUGCCGGCAAACGUGGGUUCUUCCUGAAAAAAUCUGUUGGGCCACAAGUUCGAGAAAAAAUUACAUUUGAGGAUAUGCUGUGUUUCCAAAGGGAAUCCAUUCCAACAUCAAUUUUGAAAAUAAAUGGUGAUCUCAUUAGCAUGGCAGUUAAGUUAUUUCAGUCCAUUCUGAAGUAUAUGGGUAUUGAUUCCUAUGAUAGAGUGGCUCCAAUCAGCUUGGAUGAGCGGAUUGAGCUUGUUGGCAAGCUAUUUAAGCAGGCCGUGAAGCGGUCUGAGCUUCGGGAUGAAAUGUUUGCACAAAUUUCAAAACAAACAAGGAAUAAUCCGGAGCGGCAUUCUUUGAUUAAAGCAUGGGAGCUAAUGUACUUGUGCGCAUCUUGCAUGCCUCCGAGCAAGGAAAUUGGUGGGUACUUGUCAGAAUAUAUUCAUACUGUAGCACAUGGAACUAAUACUGAUUCCGAGGUUCAAGUUUUUGCUAUAAAUACUCUAAAUGCACUGAAAUGUUCUAUUAAGGCUGGGCCUAGGCACACGAUACCUGGUCGUGAGGAGAUUGAAGCUCAGUUAACUGGUAAAAAGCUUACUACAAUAGUGUUUUUCUUGGAUGAAACCUUUGAGGAAAUUACAUAUGACAUGGCCACCACUGUUGCUGAUGCUAUUGAGGAGGUUGCAGGGAUAAUCAAAUUGUCUGCUCAUGCUAGCUUCAGUUUGUUCGAGUGCCGUAAGGUUGUUACUGGUUCUAAAUCUCCAGACCUUGGGAAUGAGGAGUAUAUUGGUUUGGAUGAAAAUAAGUAUAUUGGAGAUCUUCUGGCGGACUUUAAGGCAUCGAAAGAUAGAAGUAAAGGGGAGAUUUUGCAUUGUAAGUUGAUUUUCAAGAAAAAGAUGUUUCGAGAGUUAGAUGAAGCUGUUACAGAGCCAAUGUUCGUGCAACUAUCGUAUGUUCAAUUGCAACAUGAUUACAUAAUGGGCAAUUAUCCUGUUGGCAAGGAAGAUGCUGCACAGAUGUCUGCUUUGCAGAUUCUGGUUGACAUUGGAUAUGUGGAUGGCCCUGAAUCUUGCACUGACUGGACAUCACUGCUGGAGCGAUUUCUACCCAGACAAAUUGCAAUGACACGGGCAAAGAGGGAAUGGGAAUUGGAUAUCCUUUCUCGUUACAAAGUGAUGGAAAAUCUGACAAAAGAUGAUGCCAAACAACAAUUUUUGCAGAUCCUGAGGACGCUUCCUUAUGGGAAUUCAGUUUUCUUGGCUGUUCGAAAGAUUGAUGAUCCUAUUGGACUUUUGCCUGGGAAAAUCAUUUUGGGCAUUAAUAAGCGUGGGGUUCAUUUUUUCCGUCCAGUUCCAAAGGAAUAUUUGCAUUCAGCUGAGCUUAGGGACAUAAUGCAAUUUGGUAGCAGCAACACUGCUGUGUUCUUUAAGAUGAGAGUUGCUGGUGUCUUGCACAUAUUUCAGUUUGAAACGAAACAGGGAGAAGAAAUUUGUGUUGCUCUGCAAACACAUAUUGAUGAUGUGAUGUUACGCCGCUACUCUAAAGCCCGCUCUUCUGCUAACGGUUCUGUUAACGGAGAUGUUCCAAAUAAUCUCAAAACUGCAAACACUGAUAUUAAUGAAAGACGCAUUCAGGAUUUGUCUAGAGCCCUUGAAGAAUCUCAGAAGAAAGUGAAUGAUUUGCUGGAAGAUUUACAUGAAAGGCAAAAACAAGAAUCAGAGAUGCAAGAAGAAUUGGACAACUUAAAAGAUAACUUGAGUUCCGAGAAGCAAAAUUUAGCAGCGGCUGCUUAUGAUUGUGAUAAAUUCAGAUCUUUAUGCGAUGAUAAAGAUGCAGAGCUUCAGGCUGCCCUAACGGAGAAGCGAAACUUGGAAAUGCGGCUUUCAAAGUUAAGUUCUCAAGGUUUGGAGAAAAAUAUUACGAAAGAGUUGGUUGAAGCAAAUAACCAGGUCUUACAGAAGAUCCAAGAAGAGUUGAAAGCUCGUACUAUGGAUUUGCGUACUGCAGAAGAAACAAAGAGGAGGCUUUUGAGUGAAAAAGCAUCACUUGAGGAAAAAGUUAUAGGACUAGAGAAGAAGAAAUCAAAUGAGAUGGAAAAUCUCCAGAAAGAAUUUGAAAGAGAAUGUAAGGGGCUGAGGCUCCAAGUCUCUGAACUUCAAAGGAAACUAGAAGAGGCCAAACAUGACUUGAUUGGUGCACAGUCAGGUGUUGAAGCUAAAGACAAGGAGCUAGAAAUGUUACAGAAUAAUUUGAAGGAGCUUGAGGAGCUGAGAGAAAUGAAAGAGGUGAACAUCUUGUACUGAUAUUUACAACUAGUUGCUAUCGGUU